AUGGGUGACGAAGGAGAUGACGAAGAUGACGAAGCUGACGAAGCUGAUGUUGAAGUUCCCAGUCCAUUUGCUGGCGAUGAGGUGCUUCCAAUUGGCGAAGACGAUGGACGUGAACUUAAGGUGCUUGAAGACGUUCCUAGGGUAGAAGAGCUGGAAAGCCCCAGCACAGCGGCACGCUCGAAACUCCAGAUUGAAGAUCCGGCAACAGCUGUAUCCUUGCCGCCCAUGGGGGUAAACAUAGUGUUGUUUGCGCCAGGGCAAGCUACCGACGCCUGCGCUGCCAAGCUAGUGGUCGAUGAGACGGAGCUAGAUGUAAGGACUGAGCUGGUGCUGGAAGAAAUAGUGGCCACGGCCGACGAAGAAUGCCCGGGCCCAUCACGCAGGAAGGUCCAGUCAGUCCUACUGCUCUGGUCGGUGUACGUGUACAUCAUGAAACUGGCCGCUAAGGCACACGUUUUCGUUGUAGUAUAA